AUGGCGCCCCCCGAGCUUGCCGACGCAAUGGAAGACGCCUCGUCGGGCGACUCUUUCACGCUGUUGAAGCAGCAGCUCGAGCUCGACUUUAGCUUUGCACCGCGCCGGGUCAAAGGCCUCACUACACUCGACAUACAGCCCGACAAGUCCCAACUGCGUGACAUUACCCUGAAUUGCCGCCAACUGAAGCCAACGAGCAUCAAGGUCGACGGCGAGAAGGCGGCGUUUAGCUACUCGAACCUGCACCAGCGACUGACAUUAUAUCCCGGCACCGGCCUCGAGCAAUAUCACUACGCAAAGCAACGGAUAGCGCGGCACACGCUUGGCACCGAAGACGAACUGGUCAUCUCCAUACCUGAAAAAGUAAUGAUCCGGGAAGUGAAGCCUUCGGAGGCUGGCAUGACCGACGAUGCCCAGGGAACCUUCUACGCGCCACUGAAGCUGGAAAUCGAAUACGAAUUGGACGAUUUCCGUGAUGCGCUGCAGUUUGUCGGUCUGGAGGACGGAGAUGCCCGCUACCCGCAUGCCUACACGCGCAACUCGCCCUUUCCCGGUGCCGCAUCUUGUCUGUUUCCAUGCAUAGACGACGGCGAAACGAGGUGUCUUUUCGAUGUUUCUAUUCGCUAUCCCCGGACCCUGGGCGAUGCGCUUAGCAAAGGCCCCGCCUCAAGUGCAAAUGCGCAGACACAGGCAGAUCGAGCUGAAAAAGCCGAUAGCGUUAUGCUGGAUGCAGAUGACGACCAGGUGGAUUUGUCCGACGAGGAAAAGGCUAUCGAGAUGCAAGUCAUCUGCUCUGGGACAUUGACAGAUGAUAUUCUCGAUCCCGCAGACUCUACACGAAAGACCGCCAGUUUCUCCUGCGAUACUCCCGUUCUCCCGCAACACAUCGGCUUCGUCAUUGGCCCCUUUGAGCACGUCGAUCUUUCCGAAUACCGUGAUACCCUGGACGACGAGCGCUUGGGGGAGAAUGCGAUCAAGGUCCACGCUUUCUGUCUGCCGGGCAAAGAGAACGAGGUCAGAAAUAGCGCCAUGAUGCUAGCCCGGGCUCUCGAUACCUUCACUGAGCGUUUUCAGAGUUAUGCCUUUGGCAACUCCUAUAAGCUUGCAUUCGUGGAUGACCUGGAAUGCGACACCGCACACACAGCAUCUUUCUCCAUCUGUAGCUCCCGCCUUCUUUUCCCCGAAACAGUCUGGGAGCCGCUCGAACACACAACUAGGGUGUUGGUACACGCUGUAGCGAGCCAAUGGAUAGGAGUAGACGUCAUCUCACAUAACCCAGAAGACCAUUGGAUCGUGGUUGGUGGCUCAUGGUUCAUGGCUGAGCUCUACCUCCGUGAGCUAUUCGGCCGAAACGACUGGCGCUUCCGUCAAAAGCUCAUGGUCGACAAAGUCAUUCAAAUGGACCGGAAGCGGCCCUCGCUGCAACAACUCGGUGAAAUUCUGCAGCUGGAUCCUGGCGAGCUGGAAUUUAUGGAGCUCAAAUCGCUCAUGGUUCUCUCCAUCUUACACAACCGUCUGGUGAAACAGAGCGGUAAGAAUGGCGUGGACAGGUGCUUGUACAGGAUGCUGUUCAAUGCGCGGCAAGGCAAGUAUCCAAAUGGCGCCAUUACUACGGACGAUUUUCUCGAUAUCUGUGAAAAGGUUGGCCACCAAAAGCUUGAGUCCUUUUUCCAACAAUGGAUAGUUGGCUCAGGAUGCCCCACAUUUCACUGUCUCCCCACGUUCAACAAAAAGAAGCAAGUAGUACAACUCACCAUUAGGCAACUCCAAGCCGAUUCAUCCAUCACGACGCUCGAAAAUGGUCUAUCCGCUGAUGACUUUAUGCGCGAGGCCAAAGAAAAAUCUCGCGACUUGCGGUCAGCAACUGGAUACCCGACCUUUGUAGGGCCCAUGACUAUUCGGAUACAUGAAGCGGACGGAACACCCUAUGAACACAUUGUGGAUAUCAACUCAAACAACGUCAAAGUCGAGAUUCCUUACAACACAAAGUACAAGCGGCUUAAGAGAAACCGACUAAACAAAGAGCGCAUGGCCGCCGCGGCAGGUCUCGACGCUUCAGGUGAGACACAAGAGGAUGUCACCUUUUACAUGCUAGGAGAUCUCUUCACCACUCCCCAAGAGCACAAUGAGUGGCGGUUAGAUGACUGGCCAGCGGAGGACGAGGCUAAGCAAGAGGGGGAGGCCUAUGAAUGGAUCCGGAUUGACGCAGAUUUUGAGUGGAUAUGCCGAACCAACAUCGAAGACAUGCCGUCGUACAUCCACGAGGAAUGGGCCCAGGAGCAAGACUUUACCAGCAAAGCGAUUGGAGAACUCACUCGCCAUCAACGCCUGGAUGAGUGGAUUCCUACAUAUCAAAACGUUUACACGACCACUGCUCUUGAUUGCGCGCUAAAGCUGGUCAUGAGCCGAGUUACUCCAUUCAAGCCCAGCGAAUUUUUACAAUACGCUCAGCUUGGUAAUGCAGACAAUGUCCGCUUGAAGGCAUGGGAGUGUCUUAUUCGACUGGGCAUGUUCCGCAAAGAUACAGUGUUGAAGUUUCUGGUUCACGAGAUUCGGUCUGACCCAUCGCCGUACUUCAGAAAGCAAUUGCUACGUCUCUUCGGCAUUGCUAUCGGCCAGGUCGCCACUGGUGAUGUUUGGGCGCCGGAGAAAGCAGUCGAUACCACAGCAGAUACGCUUGUGGUUGAGAAUGAAGCCAGCAACGCUGAACGUGCAUCAGCCCUUGCCCGCCAAAACCUUAACGGGGCUCUGAGGGGAUUGAAGAGCGACUUGCAGGGUCACAAGACUCUCCGUCUGGUGCUUGAAGAGGCUUUGAAGUCGAAAACAUUGUCUAUGAGCGACAUGUCUGAGCUCCUGGAUAUCUGUGACAUGAUCUUCGACAACCAAAAGGUCAACAAGCUACCUGUCACACUGCAUCUUCCGCGCUACUGGAAAGCAGAGCACAUUGGCAAGGGCGUCAUUCGUUUCACGCAGACUAAGAAGCACCGAUGGACACCCAAGCGGCCGUUGGUAACGGAAGCUCCAGCUCCACCGCCUCUACCAGUUCCCAUACCCCAGCCCAUCCGGGAGCCAACUGCUCCGAUAGCGAAGCCACCAGGGCAGCCCAAACUGUCGCUCAAGAUUGGUGGACUCAAGAACAAGUCUGCUGCGUCUCCAACGCCAACCGGCGAGUCACCGUUUGCAAAAUCAAGGAGUCAAUCUAUCGUGUUUUCGCCCACUAUUCAUCACUCGCCCUCACCGGUACCUCCUCUAUCCGUACGUGCAUCCCCGGCACCACCGCCGCCAGCGCCAGCGCCAGCUCCUCCUCAGCCAGAUUCCCGUGCCUCAACACCAGAGGUGCCGUUGAUGCAACCGAAGAAGGUAGUAGCGCCACCAGCACCGGCUCCCAAGGCACCAACCCCGGCUCCUACUCCAAAGGCCGCAACUCCAGCACCGGCUCCCACUCCAGCUCCAGCAGCAGCUCCAGUAGUCAAGACUCCGAUCCUACCGCCCAAAGUCUCCACGCCGGCCUCUGCACUGUCUUCCCAGGCGAAGCCGAAACAGACUGUCAAGAUCCCAAAGCCCAUCAAUACCACCCCUGCUAUGUCAUCAAAUGUUCCCCCACCGGCCCCCAGGCUCAAGAUCAAAACAAAAACUGCCAGUGGUGCCAGCGUGCCCUCCAGACCCUCAAGCACAGCCCCAUCACCACGUCCCAGCGCCGCCCCUUCACCUCGACCAAGCGUCGCCCCACCAGCCCGUCCUGCCGCCACCGCUACACCAGCUCCCACACCAAAGCACAUCAUCAAACAAAAGCGCAGCAAAAUCGUCAAACUACGCCUCCCCCCUCAUCACCUAGCCCGUAUCCGAGACCGAGACAGCAAAAAGCGUAAGCUUGCAACCGGAACCGCCGACGAUGACAGACCCUCCAAACGCCAAAGUUUCGACACGGGAUCCCUGACAAACGGGAACCGUGCCGCAGCCAAGAGCGGUCUUGUUAAAGUGGAGAAGAGCGGUGGUGGUGCGGGUCCUGGUGCUGAGAUGAGGAGGUUGGUGCUCAGGAUGAAGGUUGGAAAGGCGAAUUUGCCUGGUGUGGGGAAGUGA